CGCGUGUGGGGAGCUGGAGGUCUGUGGAGGACUCUCCCCACGGAAUGGAGAGCAUGUGAAGACAGGUGGGGGCGGGCCGGGGGGAGGAGACUCUGCCGCCGCGGCUGGUGGCUGUGUAGUUGAGCCUGGAUGCUGCAGGAGCUCCCAACGCCGCCUGGACGGAGAGGAGGAGGAGGAGGUGCAGCCCAGCCAUGGAUGCCCGAAAGGGGUUGCUGCAGCUUAUUUUCUUCUGGAUCAACCUGGCUGCCGCUUCCAUCCAGGAUGAACGCUGUGAGAACCUGUCUUCUAUCACCAACAUCACUGGUCCCCAGUGCAAUGCUUUAGUGGACCUGAUUGGGACAUGUUGGCCUCGUAGCGUGGCAGGGCAGCUGGUGGCACGUCCCUGCCCUGAAUAUUUCUUUGGAGUGCGAUACAACACCACAAACAACGUAUACAGAGAAUGCUUUGCAAAUGGCAGCUGGGCAACCCGUGUGAACUACUCACUGUGUCAGGAGAUCCUCAAUGAGGAGAAGAAGAGCAAGUUGCACUAUCAAGUUGCUGUUGUCAUCAACUAUCUUGGACACUGUAUUUCUCUGGGGGCCUUGUUGGCUGCUUUCAUCCUCUUCAUGCGACUGAGGAGUAUUCGGUGCUUACGAAAUAUCAUCCAUUGGAACUUGAUCACCGCCUUCAUUCUGCGAAAUGCCACAUGGUUCGUUGUUCAGCUCACCAUGAAUCCAGAAGUGCAUGAAAGCAAUGUGGCCUGGUGUCGCCUUGUCACAGCAGCCUACAACUAUUUCCAUGUCACCAAUUUCUUCUGGAUGUUUGGAGAGGGCUGUUACCUUCAUACAGCAAUUGUUCUCACCUAUUCUACUGACAAGCUGCGGAAGUGGAUGUUCAUCUGCAUCGGCUGGUGCAUCCCAUUUCCCAUCAUCAUUGCUUGGGCCGUUGGGAAACUCUACUAUGACAACGAGAAGUGCUGGUUUGGAAAGCGUGCAGGAAUUUACACAGACUACAUCUACCAAGGUCCUAUGAUACUAGUGCUAUUGAUCAACUUUAUAUUUUUGUUCAAUAUUGUCAGAAUCCUGAUGACAAAGCUUCGGGCCUCCACCACUUCCGAAACCAUCCAGUACAGAAAAGCUGUGAAGGCCACUCUUGUGCUCCUGCCUUUACUAGGCAUUACCUACAUGCUUUUCUUCGUCAACCCAGGAGAAGAUGAAAUAUCCAGGAUUGUCUUCAUUUAUUUCAACUCUCUCUUGGAAUCCUUCCAGGGCUUUUUCGUCUCUGUCUUCUACUGCUUCCUGAACAGUGAGGUCCGCUCAGCAGUACGGAAAAGAUGGCACCGAUGGCAGGACAAGCACUCCAUCCGUGCUCGAGUGGCAAGGGCCAUGUCCAUCCCCACGUCUCCAACACGCGUCAGUUUCCAUAGCAUCAAACAGUCCUCCGCUCUCUGAGCCUGUUCCAGACCAUGAAGCCAGUGUUUUGAUACACUUGUGAUGAAGGGGCUUGGCAGCUUCAAGGACAAGACUUGAUCCUUCGGAGUUCCAGCUGAGAAAAGUCCUUGUUGCCCUCAUUUGGCUGGCCACUUAUGAGACUGUUUGGAUUGGAAGGAAGGCUUUGUGUGUGCCCAUGAUUGCAAAUCUUGGCAGGAUCCAGUGGUUCAGAAAUGAUGGGAAAUUCAAGAGUAAUGCCCACAAAACCCAUUCUGAAAGCGUGUGAUUUAUGUAACUUCUUCGUGCCAUCUAGAGUUCUUUUUGCUCCGAUUGCUUAGAGAGAAUGAUAAUCUCACAAGUGUUAUAGAAAAAACAAAGGGACAGAGGAUUCACUCUCAAAUGUACAAAAUCCUGAAAAUGUCAGCUCAUAAUUUCACAAAGCAUUGUUAAACAUUAACCACUGGAGGAAACAGAACCAAAGGAAGUGGUUUUUGUCUUAUGGCAGCAAGAUUAAUCCUGGGAACUUUUCCCCCUAAGAAACUGAAGUGGAAGUUUAACCCUUUUUAAAGGGUUUCAUGAAUUCAUGAAAGAUGGGUGUGGCUGAUAUUUGACAAAAGCACAAACCCUUCUGUAUUCAGGGCCACAAUAACUACCUAAUACUGGAGAUUCAAAUGAUUUGGUGCACUGUUAUGAACUGCUGAUGAACUUUCAUAAAUCUUUGGUGUAUUAUGUAAUGAUUGGGAUGCUGAGAAGGAUCCAACAAUGCUGUUCCAGUGUUCUUCCUCAUGCAUUUCAACAUUAGAAGUUGCCAAGACAUUAACUGAAAGACCAAUGGACUCUGAUUCUGAAAGUCAGCCUAUCAACUUGUUUCACAAAGUAUGCCACAGUUAUUUGGAUCUCACCAAGUUCUUUCCCCUGGAAAAUCACCUUGAAUUCAAAAGCGGAAUGGGGGUUUUUCGUGUCAGGAGCGACCUGAGAAACUGCAAGUUGCUUCUGGUGUGAGAAGGAUGUUGCCCAGGGGAUGCCUAGAUGUUUGAUGUUUUACUAUCCUGUGGGAGGCUUCUCUCAUGUCCCCGCAUGGGGAACCUUUUGGUCAUCAGUUCAGCCGGAACAAGAGUUUAACCCAUUGUGCCACCAGAAUGGGGUGUAAAUUAAGAUAUACAUUUUUUUUUACUUUUCCAUUCUUGCAGGUAAAAAAUGAAUAUGAAGCAGCAUUGCACAUUUUUGUAAAUUUUAGAUUAUUUUUUCACAUUUCAGGGCUUUUUUACACAAAAAAUUCACUUGUGUAAAAAAACGUUUCUUGCAAAAAAUGUUUGCAGCAGGGAAUAAUGUAUUUUGCACCAAAAGUGUUGUCUCAUGUGCAAACAUGUUUUCAUGCAAAACCCUGUGCUUCUUUCCACAACCCCUUUCCCCCCUUUCUUUUACAGAAAUGAAUUUUUCACAAAAUCUCAAAAUGCAUGUUGGGCCAUUUUGACAAGGUGUCUCAAUGUGUUGAGGCAAUGAUGAGAAAAUCUGUGAAUCUUCUUCACAACCCUAAUAUGACUGCAUUUGUCUGGGUAUUUUUAAAUAAAGGUCAACACUACUCUCCA